AAAGCUACACGGUCUGAACUUAGAUAACCACAAUCGACCGAAAAGCAACGGCACUAAACAACCGACUCUAUUCAGCUGAUUUAAUCGCUUAGUCGGAGACAAAUCUUUAAAGUAUGUCAGGUUCCAUAAAAAAUGUUGCAAUAUUUGGAGCUACGGGAAUGACUGGACUGGUGACCUUACCGCAAGCAGUUGCGGCAGGCUACAAUGUUACCGUUCUGGUGCGUGACCCGUCUAGACUUCCUGCCGACCACAAGGCGUCCAGGGUGGUGGUGGGGGACGUCCUGAACAAAGAUGACGUGAAGACCACUAUGGAGGGUCAGGACGCGGCCAUCAUCAUACUGGGAACCAGAAGUGACCUCAGUCCGACUACAAUGAUGUCAGAAGGGACAAGAAACAUCAUCAACGUCAUGAAAGCCAGAGGUAUCCGUAAAGUCAUUGGAUGCAUGUCAGCCUUCCUCCUGUGGGACCGGUCCAAAGUGCCCCCCCGCCUGGUCCCGGUCACUGAGGACCAUGACAGGAUGUACACCGUUCUGAAGGAGUCCGGCCUGGACUACGUGGCGGUCAUGCCACCUCACAUCGCUGACAACCACCCCCUGACAGAGAAGUACACCGUGACUGAGAACAUGCUGAAGGGAAGGGUCAUCUCCAAACACGACCUCGGACACUACUUCGUCAAGUGCCUCUCCAUCUCCGACUGGGACGGGAAGACCGUUGGGCUCUGCGGAGAGUACAGUUAAAACUUGUGUGUCAAAAAAAGAAUAUUUUUUAUAUAGUUUAAUUUGCGUGUUUGUGUGUGCACAAUGUUACUGACCCGUACUUACUCAGUGAGCUGCCAGUGUUGAUAUGUGGACUAUUUUGACAAGAUGAAAUAACUAACAGUGUUAACAAGUUAUUUACAGAAACACAAUGGUCUGUUGGUAUCAAACAUAUAAACAUAUUAAAUAGUCUAUCUGUAUUGUAGGCUACGUAGUAUCAGAUAAUGUGAUUGACACAAGUUACCUUGUCGGCUUGUCCUAACUCAGUCAGUCACAUUAUAGGCCGUACAAGGAAAUAAAUGUUUUCAAAGGUGUUUUGAUACAACAUGCCUUUUGGUCAAUUUUUUAUUUGUCAUGGUUUGCUUUUUAUUUGAUGUGUAUCAUUAUCAAGACCACUGCUAAACCAAUUAGUAUUCAAGGAGCUUGUCAUUUUUUGUAAUGUUUUAUUAAAUCAUAUUUCAAAUAAAAAAUAUAACUAUG